CUCCAAUACAAUUGAGAUGCUGAGAUGAUCUAAGCCCAGAAUCUAAUAUGGGCCGGGAAAUAUAAGGUGCCAACCUGAUCAACCCUAAAGGCUAGUGUAUAUAAGCUCUUACAAACCAGUAUCGUAAUUGCUGCUGCGGCACUGCCCAUCUAUCAGCAUUGACGAUGGGUACGUCGGUUCAGAAGAAAUCUACGCUUUUGUUGUUGAGUCGACGAAGGGACUUGACUGCGUUACUGAUGAGUAUCUCUUUUUGUUGUUUUGAUUGGAAAUUUUUUAGGUGCAUACACGUAUGUUUCGGAGCUUUGGAGGAAGAAGCAAUCUGAUGUGAUGAGAUUCCUGCUUCGGGUGAGGUGCUGGGAGUAUCGGCAGCUUCCUUCACUCGUUCGCGUCAGGAGGCCCACUCGUCCUGACAAGGCUCGCCGCCUCGGCUACAAGGCCAAACAGGGGUACGUCAUUUAUAGAGUGAGGGUGAGACGUGGAGGUAGAAAAAGACCAGUUCCAAAGGGUAUUGUUUAUGGAAAACCAACAAAUCAGGGAGUUACUCAGCUGAAGUUUCAGAGGAGUAAACGAUCAGUUGCAGAAGAGCGAGCUGGGAGAAAACUUGGGGGCCUCCGGGUUCUGAACUCCUACUGGAUCAAUGAGGACUCAACAUAUAAAUACUAUGAAGUCAUAUUGGUUGAUCAAGCCCAUGCUGCAAUCCGAAAUGAUCCCAGGAUCAACUGGCUUUGCAAUCCUGUUCACAAGCACAGAGAACUUAGAGGUCUGACUUCAGCAGGUAAGCAAAACAGAGGACUCAGAGGAAAAGGAUCCAAGUAUCACAAAGCUCGCCCUUCACGCAGGGCCACUUGGAAGAGGAACCAGACCCUCUCUCUCCGUCGCUACCGUUAAAUGCUUUGUACCAACUCUUGGAUUUGCUCUCUGCAUUGUCUCAUUACCAUUAAGUUUGAGUUUUUUCUUUGAUUUUUAUGUGGCUUCCUUUUACAAUGAGAAAUGCUGAUGCACUUUUUGGACUGCAUAAUAUUUAUGUUUUCUUAGACAUUUAUGGUCUUGUUACCUUAUAUUGCUGGAGAGAAAGUACUAAACUUUUUUAUGCCACACUCGUUUAGUUCUUUUGUAUCUUUUUUUUGGCAAAAUUCCCUAAUUGGCUAAUUAUGAGAAAAAUGACAAGGAAAAUCACACUUUCACCCUUCAUUCCUUCAAUAGUACUCGCAUUGAAAAGUUGUCUUCGUGUUUUCAAGUUUGCAAAUGUCACUAGGGUUGGACCGGGCCCCCGUUGGGGCUUGCGGGGCUGGGUUUGGGAAUUAUAGGCCUGGUAACGGCCAGGAAAGUUCCAGGCCCGGGGUUUUCUUUGGGAAUUAUAUAUAUUUUUUAAAUAUUGGUUUUCUUAUUUAUUCCCCCCACCCGACCCAGCCCCACCUGCCUGGCCCCCAAAUCCCCAAUCCAUUUGAAACAAUAAAAAUAAAAAACAGUUUUGGGCUUGGGCUGGUCCACCAAAUACCAUAUCCGUAGCCCACCCCAAAACCCUCUUGGUUUGGGCCCAAGGCCUGGUCCCAGCCAGCCGAUUUGUGCUGUACAGCACAGUUGCGGUCCGGGUCUGGUACGGGCAGGUCCGUUUGGGCCUAGUCCAUGCCUAAAUGUCAGUCUUAAUUAGUGCUAGACUCGGGUCGGGUCUGGGCCGGGCCUAGGGCCAGGUGCGCCUCCGGUUUUGAAUAGGUGACCGGUGGGCCUGGCCCGGGUAACCACCGGGGUCGGGCCUUGGGUCAAUUUUUUUUUCCUUUUCCUAAUUAAUCCCCCCACCCCAAACCACCCCAAAUGACCCAAAAUACCUAGCCCUACCCGAAAAGUUAAAAAAAAUUGAAAAAAAUAAUUAAAAAGCCCAGAACUGGGCCCGAACUGGCCGGGCCGUUUCUUUUGGGUGACCUGAGCCCGCACCGGGAACCCCCCUGGCCGUGCCUACCCGGACCGGUCACUUGCCGGGCUACCAGGUCGGGCCGGUUCAGCACAGUUCCGGUCUUGGGUCGGUUUUGGGUCGGGCCACCCGGCCUGAGUC